GAACGACUAAAAACAAAUUAAGAAAUUUUACAUGACACAUUGGUCUGGUUACCUCAACGUACUUGUGAAAAUUUCUACUGUUUCUGAGUGUUGCUUUCUCAAUUUCCCUUUUCCUUUGCUCCAAACCAGAGUGAAUCAAAGGAAACCUCAGUCUUUGAAAAGACUUCUUCUUUUCAGUUGUCUUUUAUACGGGAACGUUCUAGUCUUACCAGAAUAGGUAAGGUUAAUGUUCAACCUCAAGAAUUUCUAAAUGUAUGUAUGUUUUAUUCACAGAAAUAUACCCUGUGGAAAAAAUAUAAACAGCUGCUCAGGCUACUGGUUCUCCCAACUACUGGACCAUAAGAGAUUUAGCACACAAUGGGGCAAGAAGAACCACAAAAUAAUCGAGGAGGCGGCCAGCACCCCCGGCUGAUCCCUUGGGCCAUGGCUACUGUUCUCAUCUCACUUCUAAGUGCCUGUUUUAUUGCAAAUUGUGUGGUGACUUAUCACAACAUUCUACGCUGUGAGAGAGUCUCGGGGGUGUUCAAGCCACCAAAGUGCUACCCAAGGCUGACAUGUGUCGCAGGGAAAUCAGCACUGAAAGUUACAGCCUGGCAUUGCUGCCCUGCUGGCUGGCGAGCCUUCCAGUCCAGCUGCUACGUUCCACUUACCGACAACAAGACAUGGGCUCAGAGCGAAAGGAACUGUAUAGGGUUGGGGGCUCACCUGGCCACCAUCAGCACAGAAGCUGAGCAGAACUUUAUUACUCAGUUUUUGGAUAAACGGUUUUCCUAUUUCCUGGGACUCACAGAUGAGAACCUUGAAGGCCAGUGGCAUUGGGUGGACAAGACACCGUUCAACCCACAGAUGGUAUUCUGGCAUGAAGGUGAACCCAGCAACUCUCAGAGAGAAGACUGUGUUGUCCUUGUUAAUGACCAAGACAAAUGGGCCUGGAAAGUUGUUGCUUGUAACGUUGAGACAAGUAGGAUUUGCAAGAUACCUGGAAAGGAUUCAGCUAGAAACCUGUGAAGGAGUCCUUGUGAUGAGGACAGGAAAGAAGAACCAGUUAGUCUAGGGCAGGAUGUUCGUGUGUCACUGGAACGGAGACAACAUUCUGGGUCAUAGAACAUUUGCAGCCGUGAUGGCCGUAUUUAUUUUUGUUUAAUUCAUUCAAGAUAAUGUGUUUUUGUGUAAGUAAUCAUUUUUUAGAUCAUUUUUUUCUACAAGGAUCAGUUUUAUCAACUUUGCUUUCUUGAGAGUAUUUCAAGGUAUUUACUUUUCAAUUGGCGUGCAAUGAUUACGUACCUAAGAGGGUUUGAAUGGUGCAGUCGCCAAGUCAUUGUUUCCUCUGCCCCCGUUCUCUGCUCUUAAAAUUCAAAGGUGGACUAUUUCAAGUGGUAGUGGUGUACCGUUUUUUUUUAAACCCAAAUAUCACAAACCCUUUAAAGGUUUUAAACAUUUUUAUUGUUUGAUGCUUCAUUUCAGACUUUUUAGUAGUAUCAGUCAUUAGAUUGACAACCCAUGAGCAAAAUACUUUCGGAACAGCAGGAUAGUAUAGUUGGAAUUAUGGUAUGGCUCAGGUAAAAAACAAAAUCUAUUUGCCUUUCAAAAAAUGUACCUCUUAUUCUACUCUAAAUGUCUUCCCAGAGCAGGGGGUCUCAAGCUGACAAUUUCCUUUUGAGUGGAAAAGUUCCUUACAGGCCACCGUAGCUCCUCCUGUUGUAUAGCUGAGGGAAUGAAACCCUUGGGAAGCCAAAGGGCUCUCCUUCUCUCAGCUAGUUCAUGAUAGAAACAGGAUUAUGGCUUAGAUGUAUCUUGCAUAGCAGGUGAAAUGUAUUCACUUUGACAUUAGGGGAAAGUCACUGGGGGUGACAUGGCCUCUUGGCCAAUAGAUAGAUAAUAGCUCUUAUUUAUUCAUGUAACAUCAUAUUAGUGUUUCUAUACUUUUAAUUGGAAUCAGAAAAAAAAAUUUCAACCCAUUUAGGUGAAUUGUUAGCAUGUUUCUUUAGAGCUAUAAAGCUAUGGUUUAAACUAGCAAGGAAGUCCUUUUCACAAACUGAAGUUAUGCUUUUGUGAUGUAUGUGGUGUUAAUUGUGAUGCAGUCACAUCCAACAUCAACAAAAUAUGGUGGUUCUUUCUUAAAAUUUUCAGUUUGCUGAUGUUUCCUGCAUCUAAGCUAAAAAAAAUUGCGAGUGACAACUUUUUAACCUAACUUCCUUACCACUGUCUUCAAAAAACAAUACUGAUUUUUUAUAAAUUAGUGAUUUUCUGAGUUUGGAAUAUUAACGUUUGAUUGGUUGUGUGUGUGUGUGUAUGUAUUUAAAGCAGUACCAAGUGACUUUGUGUUUGCCAUAAAUUACACAGCACAAAUCUAUAAAACUUGUUGAAAUAAAUUUAUGUAAAUGAUAGUAGGCUUUGUAUAGCUAAUAUUACCCAUUUUUAGUUUGUAUAAACUGUAUUUAGGUAAAGGUUCAGUUGUCAAUAAAAUGUGGCCUCUUUGUGACUUUAUACACCUGUGUCUACAUCCAUACUUCUAGCCUAUUUCUCCCAAUGUUGACCAUUUUUCAUUCCCUCCAGUGGCUACCGCCACAGACCAAACUACCAUCUCUCCUACCUGCAUUAUUGCAACAGCCUUCUGGCUGGUCUCCCUGCGUCCACCCUUGCUCCUUUUCAGUCUAUUCUCAACUCUCAUGGCACCUCUACCAUUCUUCCAGUUUCUUUACGACAGCUGAAGUAGCACCAAGUGCCUUUAAUGGAGGGACUGGGGGUCAAACCCAGGACCUCAUGCAUGCUAAGCAUGUGCUCUACCACUGAGCUAUAUACCUUCCCGUCAGAGGGAUGAGAAUUUUACGAGUGAGAGAGAGAGAGAGGGAGAUUCUUGUUUUUUAUGACCAUGGAGAAAUUAUCAAAUUAUCUAAAAUGGAAAAAAACAUUUUAGUAUAAACUGUAUUUGGAAACUAUUAGAUAGAAGUAGAACCUACACUGUUUAGAAACAUGGAACUCAACAGAAGAAACAUCUGAAGAGUUGAGUAUGGUUGCCUCUUGGACACGGGCAUCAGGAGUUAGCCAAAAAUAGCUAUUUCCAGUUAUAACCCUUGUAGAAGAUUUUGGUUUUUUAAGCAAUGUACAUGUAUGCACAUAGUAUGUGAGUUUAUUGAUUAAUUAAUCAUAUUAACAUUUAGAAAGAGAUGCUUAAGCAUCACUUAAUAAAAUCAAUAAAUUAGUGUAAAACAUUUAACAAACAAGGAGUAAAAGGAAUUUUCUGCAGAGGGUCCACCCCACACCUACAGCAACCAUUAAAAACUUAAUGGUAAAUCACCAGAAGUGUUUUCUUUAAAGUCCAGAGCAAAGCAAGGAUGCUCACUGUAGCCGCGUCUAUGUAGCAGUAUAUUGGUAGUCCCAGCUAGCUUAGAAUAAUCAGAAGAACUGGAAAGAAAAAACCCAAACCGUCACUAUUUGUAGACCACACCUACCCAAAAGAAAUGUAAUACAAAUAAACAAAUGUGAGCCAGAAUAAACAAGUGACGCCUAAUUAAAUGUAUAAGUUUUUGUGCAGCAAAGGAAACUAUAAACAAAAUGAAAAGACAACCUAUGGAAUGGAGAAAAUAUUUGCAAGUGAUGUGACUGACAAAGUCUUAAUUUCCAGAAUAUACAAACACCUCAUACAAUUCAAUAGCAAAAACAAACAAACAAACAAACAAACAACCCAAUCAAGGAAGGGCAGAAGACCUAAACAAAUAUUUCUCCAAUGGAGACAUACAAACAGCGAACAGACACCUGAAAAAAUGCUCAGUAUCACUAAUUAUCAGAGAAAUGCAAAUCAAAACUACAUUGACGUGUCUAU